AUGCCACUUUACCGCCUUUCGGUGUCCGCUGAAACGGAAGGUGUUGUUUGUAUUCGCCCAAUGCGUCCUCGCAACUGGGGUUUGAAAGUAACAUGUGAUGCCUGCAGGGAAUUCAGUCCUAAUUUUGUUUAUGUUGAUGAGAGCGAGGAAUGUGACAGCGGCGGUGGCGGGACGCGUAACGCCGCCUUCAAAUGCGCUUCAUGCAAAACUCUCAUCACUGCACAUAUUGACCCCGAGAGUUACGGCACGUACCGCCCUGAAGAGGAUAAUGGAAAAGGCGAUGGGAAUUCAAUACUGAUAAUUGAAGUGCGGGGAGCGACGCCUACGGAAUUGGAGAUUGAUGACAAGUGGGUGGUGGAAGCGGAGGGAGCGACGUUUGAGGCAGCGGAUUUGAGCACAGAUUGGAUGGAAUAUGAUGAAAAAUCGGGAAAUGCGGUAUCCGUAUCGCAAUUCACUGUGGAAUUCAGUCGUCUGAAGAAAUCCAAAUAG